GGAUCGGGUUAGCGCCGGCUGACUGGCGUUGCCCCGCAUUAGCGGCCUGAGGCGCUAAUUUCCUUUUUUUCUCCAACGCCGAGCGGGCGCGGAUCCUGCCAAAAAGUUCCGUAUCUUCAUCUUCACUCGAUUUCAUUACCAAUCCUCUCCCUUGCCUUUCAUUUCUACUUUUCCUCUUCCCUACCUCCGGACGAGCCACCCUCUAUAUACCCUUCCAGCUCGUCCGUACUUUAACACUACUUCAACGCUACUCAAUCCCACCCUUUCCACCACACCGAUCAUCCACAUCCACAUCCACCCAUCAUGCCUCCGAAAGGUGCUCCCCGACGAGGAGCACCAGCCGGCGCAGCCAGCCGCGCCAAUGCAUCUACAACCGCCUCAGCGAGUCCCGCGCCCAGCGCCACCACCGCCGGCGACUCUCAGACUCCUACGCCCGGCCCAUCAGCCUCCGGGCGAGCCCCCGUCCAGCGCCUCCAAUCGCUCAAGAAACGCACACCCUCCGGCAGCAUCGGACCGGCCGCAAAACCCCCCAGCGCGCCCGCUGCGCCCGGCGAACCCGCCAAACCUACACUGAAAUACAAGCCGCGCGCCGUCGGCCGUCGCAGCAAAGAGGAGCGAGAAGCUAUUGAGAAGCUCGAAGCCGAGCGGCAUCGCGAGCGCCUGAAGGAGGCGGCGGCGAUCCAGCGCGGCCGGGACCAGGGCGGUCCUGGUGGUCGCGGUGGGUUUGGGCGCGGGCGUGGCGGACCUCUGGGGUCCGCGGGCGGGCCAUUGGGAUCGGGGAUGUCUGGGCGUCGGGGUAGAGGCGGACGGUUUGGAAAUGAUUCGAGACAUUCGUCUAUGUCGAGACGCAGUCGGUCGGUUAUUGAUUUGGGUAAUACGGCGGCGGGGACUCGCGAUUACUCGUCAGAUGAGAGUGAUGGGGAGGUGCGCAUUAGUAUCGACCAGAUCAAUUUGGAUAGUGAUGAAGAGGAUCAGGAGCAGAUGAUGGUUGAUAGUAAAAAGGGGAAGGCAGCGGUCAAGUAUGCUGAUGCGGAAAAGGGGUUGCGGCCUAUUCGGGUUGAGAGACAUGAGCAUGAGGAGCGCACGGUCAGUGUCAAUAUGGAGUCGAGCUCCAGCAAGUCGGCGGAGCUGAGGGAGAAGGCGAAGGCGCAGACGAAGGAGGAUGAUGGCGCGCUCUUUGUGCAGCAGACUGAUGAUGAUGCUGCGGCUACUACGGAGGGAGAGCCCAAGGUCAAGUCUGAGCCUACAGAUGAUGAUGAUCAGGUCAUGACAGAUGUUCCGCAUGCGGAGGAGCCAGCUACGACGGAUGAUGGACUGCUGCCGGUGCAGAAGGUCAAGGUGCGCAGGAAAAUUACACCCCCAUCGAACGAAGCUACGCCUCAGCCCGAAUCGGAGAUCCCUGCUGCCGUGAAGGACCCGAAGAGUUUACUACGCACGAAGGAGGACAUCGAAGAGUACGAGCGACACGAGCAGGACCUAGAGAUUGUCAAGGACCUCUUCCAGAAGGAGCCUGAACCUGAGAAAUCGGAGACCACCACCCCGGCAGAGGGAGAGGCCCCUGCUGUGGUUGCCAACGACCAGGAUAAGGAGAAGGAGAGUACAACGGAGGACAAGGACAAGGAGCAGGAGGAGGAGGAUGUCAACAAGGACAAGUUGGCGGGGCAGCUGUUCCUGAUGCAAUUCCCACCGAUGACGCCGAACCUGGUGGUACCGGGCAACAGCGAGAAUCCAGUGGAUGAAGCUACAGAGACGACGGCGGGGCAGAGCGCACCGGAGGCCAGUGGGUCAGAGCAGACAGGCGUCAAGCGCGAAGAUGGCGUCGAGAUCCUCGAGGGUGGGCAUGAUGCCACGGCAACAGGGACGUCGUCCAAGAUUGUCACUGCAGCCGACUGGGGCCUCAGCGCCGGGCGCGUCGGCAAGCUGAAUGUCCAUGCGUCGGGUCGGGUGACGAUGGACUGGGGAGGAAUCAGCUUCGAGCUGGAUCGCGCAACGGCCGUGGACUUUCUCCAAGAAGCGUUGAUCGUGUCGACCCCGCCUAAUGCAGCGGACGAGGAAUUCCCGGAUGAUGAGAAGAAGGUGUGGGCGAUGGGACAGCUGAGUGGAAAGUUUACGGUGACACCAGACUGGGGGAAGAUGUUGUAACAGGAUGAUGUUGUAUGUAACAGUGAGAAGGCUGGUGGAUGUUGACGCUAUCCCACUGUUGAUGGGGCUGUUGUUGUUGUGAUAGCCUUGUUUAUUUGG